AUGCCCGGUGCCGACCUUGUCACAUUUGGCUCCGCUGCCACAGGCCUCUGGUUACCAGGCCGCGACGUCGACCUGAGUUUGAAGGUGCCGGGACUUCAUUCCGGCCGCACGGAGACCAAGCAAGCUCUGCAUCGUGUGGCUUCCGUCAUUUAUUCGUUUUCUGGCGACAAGCCUGAGAACCGCCUCGCGGCCAAAGUGCCGCUGCUGCGUUGGGUUCCAAGCAGCGCCUCAUUGCCCUGCUUCGACAUCACCGUCAACAAUCUGCUGGCAGUGGAGAACUCGAGGCUGGUGAGUGGGUACCUGCAAGCCGAGCCGCUUCUGCGGAGCCUCGUGAUCGUCAUCAAGACCUGGGCCUCGGAGCGUGGCAUCAACGACCGAAGCCAAGGCACCCUGUCUUCCUUCGCGCUGACCCUGAUGGCCGUGCAUCUGCUGCAGAGGAGGAGGGUGCUUCCUUCGCUGCAAGACCUCGCCAUGCUGCUCGGCGAGCCGCGGCGAAGCGUCCUGGAGGCUGAUUGCAGGUUCUGCUCCGAUGGUGAAGUCAUUGAGAAGGAGAAGGCAAAGCUGGCAUCCUUGAGAAUGGCCUCGGCUGAAAGCCUUGGAGCUUGGCUGUUGGAUUUCUUCCGCUAUUAUGGCAAGGAGUACAAAGGUGGCGUGAUUGCCAUUCGGAGUGGUGCGUCCACUGCUUGGAGAUCCGCCAGCUUUUCUGGACAGUUUUACUUUGUCGACAACCCCUUCGAGCCAGGCAGGGGUUGGAACGUGCCCUGGGCUGAACGGGCUUCUGAGGUGUCGUAA